AAAACCAAAUCAGCAGAGAUUGUAACUGGGAAAAAAAAUAGAGGUAGUUGCAGAAGCUAAAAUUUUGAUCGGAAAAGGAAGAAGGCCGAGGACUCGGAGGGUGAUCUGGGUGGAGACUGUCGGAAAGGUAUUGCUUUUCCACGUGGAAGCGAUCUUUCACUAUUCGCAGCAGGAAGGAAAAGUAGGAUACUUAGGCUUCUGCCGACGUGACUUUCUUUUGGAGGUAUUCUGCAGAAGAAGCCUGAAGGUAGUCGGAUUCAAAGGUCCCAAUGUGUUCCUGGUUUUUAAGAGUCUGCUGGGUCGGCGACUGCUUCAUUUUACGAAACUUUUGUAGUUGGUAGUUGUGGUUUCUCCGCCGCGCCAUUUGCGGGCCAAGAGGGAUCGGUUCACCCUUCGCAAGAGGAAGAAGAGUGGGGAAAAAGGAAGACCUUCCCCAGAAAUAGAAACCGUCUCUUCCCCCGGGUCUUCGCUUCUCCCUCUGCCUUUCAUCGGCUAAAAACCAGGAGAGAGAGAGAGAGAGAGAGAGAGAGAGGUCUCUCUGGUUCAAAGUGGAUGUGGGCGCAUAGUUUGUUUUGAUGGUAGUGGAUGGUUCUUCCUUUUGGAGGAUUGAUCUCAAGUAGUGGGUUUUGGAUAUGCUUUUACGGUUUAAUGGUGGUGAUAAGUGGUUGUCUUUUUUCAAUGUGGGUUGUGAAGCGGGUUUAGGUUUAUAGCUGUUUCUUAUGGGAACGAUGGUAGUGGCUGUUUUGGUUGAUUGGUAUCUCAUUAUUUGCCUUCGAUCGCAAGAGGUGCAUGUAAGGGAAAAUUUUUUCCUGUAAAGGGAGUAGAUCGGAAGGGAGGCUCAGAAGAUUGGGGUACACCGUAGAAGGAUUGGAAAGAUGAAAGGAGGAAGCGUUAAUGUGCUGAGAGGGAGGCAGCUGCCAUUGACACUCAUGGCCUUCGUCUGUACCACAAUUCUUAUUUUUGUCUGGGAGAAGACGCCUGGCGUUCCCUCAUCGAGUCGCUUGGAAAUGCUAUCUCCUGAGUUACUGUCAAGUAAGGCUCCAUUUAUUAAUUCAGAAACACAUACUUCAGUGGCCGAGGGGGAAGAAGAAGAGAUCACCGUGAAAGAAAAAUUGGAAUCUCCUUCUCCUUGGGAUAUCACAUCUGCUGUUUCUGAGAAACCAAAAGAUCGAAAUUCUAACAAUAGCAGUACUGCUGCGCGAGAAGAGCUUAUUACGCAAAGCAGGAAAAUAAACGAAGCGUGUAACUAUGGCAAGGGAAAAUGGGUACCGGACAAGAGCCGGCCUCUGUAUUCGGGAUUCACAUGUAAGCAGUGGCUGUCGGCCAUGUGGGCGUGUCGAUUGACGCAGCGGCUGGAUUUCACUUACGAGUCUUAUAGGUGGCAGCCGGACAGCUGCGACAUGCCGAAUUUCGAUGGAUCCAAAUUCCUGACGAGGAUGAAACACAAGACAAUUGCUAUGGUGGGGGAUUCUCUGGGUAGACAACAGUUCCAAUCCUUGAUGUGUAUGGUUACUGGAGGAGAGGAGAGGCCGGAUGUUGAAGAUGUGGGCUGGGAGUAUGGUCUGGUAGUGCCUCCUGGUGGUAAACGCCCUGAUGGUUGGGCGUAUCGCUUCCCUGCCACCAACACCACCAUCCUUUAUUACUGGUCUGCAAGUCUUUGUGCAGUGGAACCCCUGAAUGCAUCUGAUCCAAAUACUGAAUAUGCCAUGCACUUGGAUCGACCAGCACAAUUCCUGUCUCGCUAUCUUGAUCGCUUCGAUGUUUUGGUCCUCAAUACAGGGCACCACUGGAACAGAGGCAAGCUUCGAGCCAAUCGAUGGAUAAUGUAUGUAGAUGGCAAGCCAAACACAAGGAAGAAUCUGGCAGACAUGGGGAGUGCUAAGAACUUAACAGUUCACAGUGUUGUUAAAUGGUUGGAUUUGCAGCUUCCUCACCAUCCUCGGUUGAAGGCCUUCUUCAGGACCCUUUCGCCCAGGCAUUUCUUCAAUGGGGAUUGGAAUACUGGAGGUAGUUGUGACAACACGAUUCCUCUGGCAGGAGGUAACCGGGUUGUGGAAGAAAGAUCUGGCGAUGUGGUUGCUGAGAGUGCUGUGAAGGGGACAAGGGUAAAGCUUUUGGACAUCACUGGCUUGUCAUCUUUGAGAGACGAAGGUCACAUUUCUAGAUACAGUAUCAAAGCCACAGAAGGCGUGCAGGAUUGCCUGCAUUGGUGUCUUCCAGGCAUCCCUGAUACUUGGAAUGAGAUCCUUUUUGCGCAAUUAUGAGUUCCUGAUAGGUCAUAGUAUACCAACGACAUUCUUUUUCAAGCUCUAGUGGAUCGUGCAAAGAGUGGCGACACAAUGAAGAACAUCACUGGAUAGAGCUUUGCGAUUUGGACCUUUGAGCUUCUCAUGAUUGCUCUGAAUUGAUAGCUGUAAAACUUUUUGCCCCUUUUUCAAUAUUUAUUGAAAGCUUACCGGCUAGGAGAUGCAUAGCUCUUCCGGAAGACAACAGACAGAGCAUAGUCAAUGAGGACAGAUUGUUGAUGGUAAAUGAAGUUUGAUGAAUUUAUCUUGCUACUACGGUGCAAACAAGAGGUCAGCCACCAGUGUGUUGCUCUGCAAAUGCUUGUAGAUUGUGGGUCUGCUGCUCUGGCUAUACACACUGUGUUUUAACAAUAUUAUAAACUAGUUACAUCUAAAUAUUUUGCCCUUCUCCAUGAUUUGCAUAAUAAAAUUGCUCUGGGCAUACCCGUUAUAUGUGGCACUCUGUCAAUGUUGGCUUUUAGUUCUAAAAUCGUAAAUGGAUUUGGGUUUUGGCA